GUCUGUAACUUUUUCAGCGCGACUCUUGGCGUGCACACCUGUGCGCGACACACCGUUUUUCCAUAGUAAACGAGCAUUUUGAACAUUAUCGUGCAUAGCAGCCGCAACGUCGUGAAAUACGUCGAAUCCACGUGCCUGUAUACUUAUUAGCCUCGUCUCCACACUAUACAAUACUCGGAAUACCCCUAAACUAUGCCUACAGCACGUCGUAGUGGUAAGAGGGCUCGUUUCAGCAGGCCGCUCGAGAUACCUAAUUGCUCGACAGAGGCGCCUUCUCCUCCUCCUCCUCCUCCAACACGUCUUAAUCGUCAGCCGACAGCAAGGGCGACAGCAGGUCGUACUCAGACAGUCCGAAAAAGGAAGUCUAAGAGCAAGAUAGCAAGUGGUACGCCGGCUGUGGACGUGGAACAGCCAACAACUAUACCUGAUCAUGACGCGAACGCGGCAGAGAUACUCGUCUCUAUGCCCCAGGCGUCGAAUGAGGCUAUAGAUAUACCCUCAUCGCCAUCACCGUUACGUGGUAAUAGGUGUAAUACCCCAGUCGUCGUGGGUAAUACCGGAAACGAGCCUCCUCCGUCGAGUCCUCCUGCGGCUAUCGCCCUCUUCAUGCUAUACCCAGUACUAUUACUUCGCGUUAAUGGAAAGAAGGAGAAACAGAAGAACCUAUCGGCGUGUCUACGCGAAUCUUGGGCACUCGAUAAGGUUGAGGAUGUGGUUAACGAGUGUAUACAGGAGGUGGUUGCUGAUGAGUCGUGGGACUUCGACGGAAAAACAUACCUUGUUAUCUAGUCUCAGUCGUCCUCAAACAAGUAUACGUACUCAAUGGAGGUUUCCUUUGCCCUUACGGAUGAGGUAGAGAUUCUAUCCCAUAUUGAUCGUAUCCACACGAGGAAACCGAAGCACGAUAUCGAUCUGAAGUUCGAAGUCAGAGUAU